GUACUUAAGAUUCUUCCUCUUCUGAUAUUCAGCCUUCAGACAUGACAUUCCCUGCUGAUUAACUCUUAAAUCUAACUGGAGCGGUGCAGAAACACGCUACAGAAAGAGCUCUGUGGCCAGAUUUAUGACAAACAAAUACAAAGAAAUAAGAUAUCUCAACAUCUAAUAAGUCAAAUGGGUGAAGAAAACAUGAGAAAAAGAAAAGGAGAGACUAACAGGGAAAGAGAUGAACAAUCCAUCCAAAGUAAAGAAUCCAAAACUAUGAAUCUACAGAAAGAGGUGGGCCUGAUCAGUGGGAUCUGCAUUAUUGUUGGUACAGUUAUUGGCUCAGGCAUCUUUAUUUCUCCAAAGUCAGUACUUGCCAGUGUUGGAGCUGUGGGGCCUUGUUUAGUCAUCUGGGCAGCCUGCGGAAUUCUUUCUACAUUAGGUGCGCUAUGUUAUGCUGAGCUAGGCACAAUGAUCACAAAAUCAGGGGGAGAAUAUCCUUACCUUAUGGAAGCAUUUGGUCCUAUUCCGGCAUAUUUGUUUUCCUGGACUAGUUUAUUGGUCAUCAAACCCAGUUCAUUUGCUAUCAUUUGUCUCAGCUUUGCAGAAUAUGCUGCAGCGCCUUUUUACCCAGGCUGUGAGCCACCCGUAGUAGUCAUUAAGUGCCUUGCAGCAGCUGUCAUUGUGAUUAUUACCACAGUGAAUUCACUGAGUGUGAAGUUGGGGAGCUACAUUCAGAAUUUUUUCACUGCUGCUAAAAUGAUCAUUGUUAUAAUCAUUAUUGUAUGUGGAUUUGUUCUCCUUGCACAAGGAAAAACAGAAAAUUUUAAAAAUUCUUUCAAUGAUGCUAAAAUUUCUGCUGGUUCUAUCAGUUUGGCAUUUUAUAAUGGACUCUGGGCCUAUGAUGGAUGGAAUCAACUCAAUUACAUUACAGAAGAACUUAAAAAUCCUUACAGAAAUCUACCACUUUCUAUAAUCAUUGGAAUCCCAUUGGUUUCAGUUUGCUAUGUUCUGAUUAAUAUUUCAUAUUUCACAAUAAUGACGUCAACAGAACUUCAGCAGUCCCAGGCGGUCGCUGUGACAUUUGGGGAUCGGGUCCUUUAUCCAGCUUCUUGGAUAGUUCCUCUCUUUGUGGUCUUUUCUACAAUUGGAGCAGCCAAUGGGACGUGUUUUACUGCUGGCAGACUUGUUUAUGUAGCAGGUCGUGAAGGGCACAUGCUAAAGGUGCUGUCUUACAUUAGUAUUAAACGUUUCACCCCAGCACCUGCUAUCAUAUUUUAUGGUGCCAUUGCUAUUAUUUAUAUCAUCCCUGGAGACAUUAAUACACUCAUAAACUACUUCAGUUUUGCUGUCUGGAUAUUUUAUGGUUUGACUGUAUUUGCACUCAUAGUUAUGAGAUUUACAAGAAAAGAGCUCAAAAGACCAAUCAAGAUACCUAUCGUCAUUCCCAUCUUAGUGACAAUAGUUUCCAUUUUACUAGUUUUGGCUCCAAUCAUCAGUGAACCCGAAUGGGCAUAUCUCUACUGUGUUUUAUUUAUGCUUGGAGGACUUAUAUUUUAUGUCCUUUUCAUUCAUUUUAAAUUCAACUGGGCUCAAAAAAUAUCAAGGCCCAUCACCAUGCACCUUCAGAUGCUUCUAGAAGUUGUUCCACCAGAGGAAGUUCCUGAAUAAAAAGAUCUGAUUUCCAGUAGUCUAUUUUUAAGUACUAUAAUGUUUGUGAGGCAGCUUGAACAGUUUGAAUGUUUAUGUUUGCUAAAUUCAGACUUGUUCAUCCUAAUGUGCAGUUUUAUUUUUGCAACAAUUUAUAAAUAUGUUUUAAAUAUUAUCUUAUAUGAGAAUCAGACGUUUUCUGUGCAUGGAAUUCUAUCUAGAUCUGGAUGGCUUCAUUGUUUUGACUGCUACUCUGCUAAUAUGUUAAGGUGAACUUAACAUAUUAGCAGAUUGCACAUACAUACUAGGAACUGUUUUCAGCUAUAGUAGUGGUGAAUAAAGAGAAAUUCAUUCACCAGUAAAGGAGUUUGUCAGAAUCCCUCCUCUUCUGCCACCCUGCUGGAAGGAUUUAUAGCACGAUCUACCAGGAAAAACAGAGGCAAAGUAUAGUGAUAGUGAUAAUAAGUGUAUAUUAGGCUGACUCCAACCUCAACCUGUCAGGUAGGUCAAAAGCUGGAAAUCCCCAGAUGAAAAGACAAGGACAUCAUGAAGUGAGGGUUGCAGGCAUGCACUGGAAAACAGUGAGUAAAUUUCCUUUGUUGAUUGUUCCCCUUUCCUUCCAUCCUGCUGGAAGUACAGAACAGUAAGCAGACAAUGCAAGAAAUAUUCUAAACAAGGAGGUGGGUUUUCCCAAGAUGCAGCUUGAAGUACUUUACAUCCAAAAUCUGCCUCCACAAAGGGCUCAAGGUCCACUCAGAGGUGGAUGAUGAAGUCAUGAGGUGAAUAAUAGGUGGUGGUCUUGCAGUUCUUGAGGUCCAUGGCUUUUGCUCCCCCUAAACAAGAAGUAGACAGGUGGAGUAUCCUUUCUGAGAGUAGAGGGGAUUAACUACCCGUUAAGUCAGAUUAACACGCACUUUCAACAUACUGCAAGUAGCAGCAAAUAAAACUUGAUAGCAGUCUUUACAUCUAGAGAGUGAAGACUGCGCUUAGGCCUGGAAGAAAGGUUCAGGUAAAAGGUGGAGAGAACAAAUGGUUCAUUUAUGUAGCACGCUUUCUUUGGGAAAGAAUUCUGGAAGUAAAUGAAACACUAACUUGUUUAGAAAUACUGCAGAUAAGCAGAGUUGAAAAGGAAUCUGAGUCUCCCAACUCAACAAGCUGAAGAACAGUAACUAGCAGGGUAAUCAUGGGAGUUCACACAGUUCCAGGGUUAUAUCUCUCAGCAGUUGAAGGGAGAACAGCAGAAAUUUUUAAGGACCCAUGAAGGUCCCAUUGAGGGAUAAUGGCUCUGAAAUUGGGUUUGUAGGCCAAGGGUUCUGAGAAACUUGGUAGUGUAUGGAUUGGAUUCCAAGGAAGCAAACCCUUCAAGAGCCCCUAAAAGCAGAGACCUGUAUUCUGAGGGAAUAUAGCUUGUUGAAACCCACUGGGAUAUAUUCAAAGAUAUGCUAAAAGAAAAAAGGAGGAAGAAGAAAUCCGUUUCUAGAACUAUCAGUCAGUAAAGGUCACCCAGAUUCUGGAGUAGGUUAGCUACCUGGAGGUAGGGUGCUAAAGCUUCCCGCAGGAGCAGAGGACUGAGGGUGCUCCUCUGACAGUUGAUGUAGGCUCAACUGUCACAGUGAAUUGUUACAUGCUACUCUAGAGUCUGAGGGCCAAACCAAUGGCCUUGAGUGUCAAAAGACGAAGUAACUGGUAUUCUUCAGGGGGAAUCAGCAAUCCUGACAGAAGAGGCUCCCCCCUCUACACAAA